AUGAAGAUUGAGCAUGUAUUUUCCUGCAAUGACUACAAUGAAGAGCAGAAAGUCAAGCUAACAACAGCUGAAUUCUCCGACUAUGCUCUUGUUUGGUGGCAUAAAUACCAGAGAGAAAUGCUGAGAGAGGAACGACGGGAGGUAGAUACAUGGACUGAGAUGAAAAGGGUGAUGAGAAAAAGGGCACUCUGGGUCGAACAACAAAUUAAAAGAAAAAGUGCAACAAGGAGGAACUCACCCAAUACUUACAACCAGAACAGGGCCAACAGAUCCAAGAAGGAGGGAGGUAAUUCGUUCCGCCCUGCAGCCACAUCCCCGCAUGGAAAGUCAGCAAUGCCCAGUGUAGGUGGAAGCAAACAUAACACCUCCACUUCCUCAUCCAAUACUGGAACCAGAAACAUAAAAUGCUUCAAGUGCUUAGGCAGAGGACGGAGGACCAUGAUCAUAAAGGCUGAUGGAGAAAUCACUAGUGAGUCUGAGAUCAGUGAAGAAGAAGUGGAAGAGGAAGAGUAUGAGGAGGAAGCUAUGCAGGGUGAUAUGCUGAUGGUGAGAAGGCUGUUGGGAAAUCAGAUGCAGCCACUGGAUGACAAUCGAAGAGAAAAUAUUUUCCACACCAGGUGCAUAAUUAAUGGUAAGUUGUGCUCUUUAAUUGUUGAUGGAGGAAGCUGUACCAAUGUUGCAAGUUCCAGAUUAGUGUCCAAGCUGAAUUUGGAAACUAAGCCCCAUCCUAGACCAUACAAACUUCAGUGGCUUAGUGAAGAUGAAGAGGUAAAAGUGACUCAACAGGUGGAGGAUUUUGAUGAUGUGUUUCCAAGAAGUGUACCGGAUGGUUUGCCACCAUUGAGGGGAAUUGAGCAUCACAUUGAUCUCAUUCCAGGAGCAUCCUUGCCCAAUCGGCCAGCUUAUAGGAGCAACCCACAAGAAACUAAGGAGAUCGAAAGAGCCAUAAACAAUAUCACCAUCAAGUAUAGGCAUCCAAUCCCCAGGUUAGAUGAUCUUCUUGAUGAACUUGCUGAGGGAGUACGGGUGGAUGUGGAAAAGGUUAAGGCCAUCCAAGAAUGGCCAACACCUAAGAUCGUGAGUGAGGUGAGGGGAUUUCAUGGUUUAGCAAGUUUCCAUAGGAGAUUUGUUAAGGAUUUUAGUACAUUGGCUGCACCUCUAACUGAAGUUGUUAAGAAGAAUGUGGGUUUCAAAUGGGGUAAGAAACAAGAAAAGGCCUUUGCUGCCCUCAAACAUAGAGCUUUACAAACUUCGCAGCAUUACCUAUUACCCAAAGAGUUUGUCAUCCAUAGUGAUCACGAGUCCUUAAAAUACUUAAAAGGCCAAGGAAAGCUUAAUAAGAGGUAUGCUAAGUGGGUAGAGUUUUUAGAGCAAUUUCCAUAUGUCAUCAAACAUAAAAAGGGGAAAGGGAAUGUAGUGGCUGAUGCACUGUCUAGGAGACAUGCUUUACUUGCUAUGCUUGAAACUAAACUAUUUGGUCUCGAGUCUUUGGAAGACAUGUAUGUGCAUGACGUGGACUUUGCUGAAAUUUUUGCUGCAUGUGAAAAGUUUUCUGAAAAUGGUUACUAUAGGCAUAAUGGAUUCUUGUUUAAAGCAAAUAAAUUGUGUGCGCCUAAGUGUUCCAUUAGAGAGUUGAUUGUGAGUGAAUCCCAUGAGGGGGGUCGAUGGGACACUUUGGGAUUCAAAAGACCCUGGAAAUUUUGCAAGAGCAUUUCUUUUGGCCUCAUAUGA